CUCAGACGGAGGAGACGUAGACAGAGGGGGCCACGGCCGGGUCGGCCGCGAAACUCGCGAGGGCCGGCGAUCCGAUCCGCCGCGGGACGAAGCCAGCGAGCCCGACGAGGGAGCGGCCGAGCCCGGGGGUCCUCGGCACGACUCGGAAGGGCAGGGGUGGGGAGACGGGGACAGAGGCGGCCACGGCCGGGUCGACCGCGAAACUCGCGAGGGCCGGCGAUCCGAUCGCCGCGGGACGAAGCCAGCGAGCCCGACGAGGGAGCGGCCGGGCCCGGGAUUCCUCGGCACGACUCGGAAGGGCAGGGGUGGGGAGAUGGGGAUGGCCGUCGAUCCGAUCCGCCGCGGGACGAAGCCAGAGAGCCCGAGCCAGAGGCUCCUCGGCACGACUCGGAAGGGCAGGGCCGAGGCGACGAACCCUCCGAUUGGGAUUUGUACGAGUGUGAAACAGACGUGGACGAGCUCGACGGUUCUCAGAGUGAAACGGAAGAACAGGACCAGGGCCCCAGGUCAUCGGGCGAGGAAGACGUUGAGGAAGCCGUCGAGGAAGACGUCGAGGAAGCCGUCGAGGAAGACGUCGAGGUUGACGUCGGGGAAGAGCCAGCCGCGGAGAGCGCGAGGGUGUACCCGGAUACAUUUUCCUCCAAGAACGGCAAAAUAAAGUGGUCUGCGACUGAGCGUGAUUGGUCGAGUGCCCGCGCGUCCCCUCCUCACCGGCCCUCGGGCCCUACCGCUGAGGCGAGGGAGGGGGCUCGAGACAUCCUGUCUUCUUUUCUUUUGUUUUUCACUCCGAAUGUAGAAAGACUGAUUUUGAUAGCUACCAACCGCCAAAGCGCCGAUAAGGCCCACGCCUUAAAGACUCCGAAACCCAUGGACGAGAUUGAACUGAGAGCCUACGUGGGAAUGCUGAUCUUGGCCGGGGUGUACAGGUCUCGAGGCGAAGCGUUGGUGAGCCUGUGGGAGCCCGAGUGCGGACGACCGAUCUUCGGGGCAACCAUGUCCCUGAGAAGCUUUUACCAGCGCUCUGCGACGCUCAGGUUCGACGAUCGAAGCACGAGAGCCUCUAGGAGCGCUUCGGACAGAUUGGCCGCAGUCAGAGAGGUGUGGGAAGAGUGGUGCGAUCGGCUGCCCAGGCUUUACGACAUCGGACCCGAGGUGACUGUGGACGAACGAAUGGUUCCUUUCAAAGGUGAGGUUUCAGCCUCCCUUUUUACUGUUCUCAGGGUAUCCUUGACGUAUGCGCGUCUGUCUUAACUCUUCCUUUUGUUUUUCUUUCUCUACGCAGGACGUUGUUUUUUCAGACAGUACAUUCCCAGCAAGCCUACCAAGUACGGCCUCAAACUAUGG